CAAAUAUUAUAAAUAAAUGGAGAAAUUAACAAUAGAUCAUUUUACACUCUUAAAAGUGAUAGGGAAAGGAUCCUAUGCUAAAGUGAUUCUUGUGAAAAAGAAUGUAUGACAUAAUUCUUUACACAAUUUAGGAUAACAAGGAAAUUUAUGCUAUGAAGAUUUUAAAGAAAAAAAAUAUUGAAAAAAGAAAAUAAGAAGACCAUGUCUUGGGUGAGAGAAACAUCCUUGUUGAAGUAAAGCAUCCAUUUAUCAUAAAAAUGUUCUACGCUUUCAAAAAUGAUGUGAAAUUGUACUUUGUUCUUGAAUAUUGUUCAGGAGGAGAGUUAUUUAAUUUAUUGUAAAAGCGUAAAGUAUUCACAGAAGAUCAAGUAAGAGAUACCAAUAUCAUGUUAGGCAAGAUUCUAUGCUGCAUAAAUUGUUUUGGCUCUUGAACACCUGCAUAAUCAUGAUAUCAUCUAUAGAGAUCUAAAGCCUGAAAAUGUUUUGAUCGACGCAUAAGGCUACAUCAGAAUUACUGACUUCGGAUUGUCAAAGAGGAAUGUUAAAGGAACCAAAGAUGCUCAAAGUGUUUGUGGUACUCCAGAGUAUUUGGCUCCUGAAAUUUUGUUAAAGUCUGGCCAUGGCAAGCCGGUUGAUUGGUGGACUUUAGGAGCAAUUAUAUAUGAGAUGUUAUCAGGAUUUCCUCCCUUCUAUACUCAAAAUAGAGAGGAAUUAUUUGAAAGCAUUAAAUUUGCGUAAUUAAAAUAUCCAGUGAGUCUGACUCCAGCUUGUAAAUCCUUAUUGGAGGGUUUGUUUUCUAAGAAUCCUGAUAAGAGGUUGGGAAGUAAGGGAGCCCAAGAAAGUAUGAUUUAUCCAUAUUGUAUUUAGUCAAGGAUCACCCUUGGUUUUUGAAUGUAAAUUGGGAUACCUUAUUGAAAAAGCUCUAUAAACCACCAUUCAUCCCUUUGGUGAAGAGUGAAGUCGAUGUUUCAAACUUUGACCCUGAAUUUACUGAAUAACCAUUGGAAUCACAUGAUCCAAAUUCGUUAUCGAUUGGAGGUGAAAGCAUUGGUUAAAAAUAUUAAGAUUUUACUUAUGAUGCUAAAUUGGAAUGAGAUAUCAUCAUAAAUAUUAAAAUAAAUUGAU